AAUUUCCUACAACAUAAUUUCCUACAACUCUCCUGGGCCCUGCUGGUGUGAGUGAUGGAUUCAGGGGUUAUAGCAACUGGGAGCCCAUUAACACAAGAGGUUGGCAAUGUCCUGGCUUGGCCUUCUUGCAGAGAUUCUGGGCCCUUAACAAAGUGAAAACUGGAAUAAUAAAAACUAUACCUAACCACGAAAAGCAACAGAUUAAUAAGCAAAAGCUCUCCGAUGCCAAUCUGUAAUCCCUCAGAACCCAAGGCCCUGGAACAAUAGACGGAGAGCGUACCCCCAUAGCGAAUCAUCCUGCAGGUUGCCCUUCCCGAGCAACUUAGAGGAUGUGGGUGAACCCCAAAGCUGACUCUGGUUCAUGGCAUAGAUGAAAGGAGCAGCUCCACCUAUUUCAAGCAAAGCAACACGUUUGGAUCGCUAAAACGGUUUGGAGUUCGGUGGUCAACAUGGUGGGAGGGCUAUUGCUUCCUGGGGCUGUGCUGCAGGUCUGGCUUGUAUUCUUUGCUCCCUGUUCAAGAAGGCGAGGUGCCAUAAAGGUGGUAGUAGCUUCAAAGCAGGGAAAUUGGAACUGGCCCCUCUGGGGCAGAGAUGGCUGAGGAAGCAGGGCCUGGGGAGGGGCGGUCAGACUUUGGGCGGUGGGGGAGCUGCUUUUGAGGUUCUGCUGGCAUCUUGAGAGGCAGACUGAGCUCUCUUGCAGAUGGCAUCUUGCCAACUCACUGGCAGCAACAGUCAUAAUUAAGCCUGCCGGCCACUCCGGGUGAGCAACUCGCAACAGUCAAAUUAACAUCCUCCUCCCCGGAUGCGGAGGGCGUCGAUGGCAGCCACGGGCGCCGCCAGAGGGCGACCUUGUGCGCCGGAGAUGGACACGGGCCGUUUCCUCCGAGGCUUCGCUCGACGGUUGUCCUGCUUCCGGGUCUCGAAGAGAAGAUGGCGGCGGCCUCCAGUCUCUCAAAGGCCGAAUACUUGCGGCGGCGCUACCUGGAGGGCGGCGAUGCCGAGGUGGGCAAGAAGCGGCGGCGGAAGAAGAAGGCGGCGGGCCGGAUGCGCAUCGUGGAUGACGACGACGUGAGCUGGAAGAGCCGGCCUGCCGAGGAGGGGGAGGCCGAGGAGGAGGAGGGGGACGAGGGUGACCGGCCAGUGGUGGCUGAAUUUAUCGAUGAACGGCCAGAUGAAGUUAAAUGGAUGGAAGCUUUCCGAGCAAGUAACAAAUGGAAGUUAUUAGGAGAUCAGAAUGAAGAGCCACAGUUAUUUGGACAUUCUAUGACAACCACAUCAAUAAGCAGUUCAGAAACCUCCAGAACAAACGAAAAAAAGCAUUUGUCGGACCAGUCCCCACCUAGGAGGGCCCAUCACGCCCAGCCUGAUCUGUCCCCUCUAAGAGUGCCUUCAGCAAGGGGCACAAAUCGUGUCAAAGGCUCCAGUGGAAGCCAACGUGAAUUGUUCUCAGAUGAGCGCUCUGCUGGCCAGAAGUAUAAGGUGGUGGCGGCUGCUGCUGCUGAGGUGUUGUUGCCUUGCAAGAAAGCAUCUUGUGCUGAGGGAGAUUUGCUGCUGCCGGCCAGCAGCAACUUGCAGUCUGCAGCAUUGCCAAGGAAGUGGCAAAGACAUGAUUCUGAAUCCAGUUCUGACUCUUCUCCAACGAGGAGAGCUCAAGCCACCUCAGAUUCAGACCUUUCGCCACCACGGGCCACUGGCCGACCAGGCACACGACGACCAAAUUAUCCUUCCAAUCUCUCCCCUCCUAGAAGGAAUCGGCACAAAUCGUCAGAUUCGGACUUAUCCCCUCCCCGAAGAGGAGCAGAAGCAAAAAAGAAAGGCCGCAAGUCCAGGAGCCCCUCGACUGUCCUGCCAUGUCAUCAGGCCUUGGAGUCCAAUGGGAGCAGCCAGAGGAUGCUGUCAGGGGGCAAAGCUGGCUUGGUAUCAGCUGAUCUGCUGAGAAGGGAGAAGCAGGAAUUUAAGAAGCUGGCUGGCAGCAGCAGCAAUAGCAGACAUCUGGAGGAUGAAUCUCGGCACGCAAAGACGAUUUUCCGGGAUGAGAUGGGCCGUAAGAGGGACCUGAAGCAGGAGCGGCUAGAGCAGCACAAGAGAGCCGAAGAGACGUCUGAGCGAGAUGAGCAGUACGCUAAGUGGGGGAGAGGCCUGGCACAGAGCAGACAGCAGCAGCAAAAGGUGGAGGAUGCAGUGAAGGAAAUGCAGAAGCCGCUGGCGAGGUACAUUGAUGACGAGGACUUGGAUCAGAUGCUGCGGGAGCAGGAACGAGAAGGAGACCCGAUGGCCGACUUCAUGAGGAAGAAGAAGGCCAAGGAGAGGCCAGGUAGCAAAGAAAAGCCAAAGUAUAAUGGGCCAGCACCCCCACUGAACAGGUUUAACAUCUGGCCAGGCUAUCGCUGGGACGGAGUAGAUAGGUCCAAUGGCUUUGAGAAGAAACGCUUUGCGAGAAUAGCAAGUAAAAAAGCGACACAGGAACUCGCAUACAAAUGGAGCGUGGAGGACAUGUGAGCACCUGGGCCAAACAGGGACAAAGAUUUUUAAAGGCUCCUGCAGAAGCAAGGAUACUUCCUACCCACCAGAGUUCACCACCUGGAAUCCGCAGGAGAACCCCUGUACCCAGUGCAGCUUAAUAGGAGCCCUGGAACGCAGAGGGUGUUUGAAGGAGCCCUAUGAGCUGUUGGAAGGGAGACUCUGGAAGCUUGGUCCAGCCGAAAGGCAGAAGUCGCAGGGCGGCUGGUCACUGCCCCUUGUCCCAGUUGCCAGGUAUUUUGGGGAGGGAGAGGUACAGAGAAUAUACGGCUCUUGUCCUCAGUGCUCUGGGUCUCCCUGGAUAUGUUGCUUCCACUGAAUAGUUCGAUUGUGUGGCUUUCCUAGUGUGAAGCAUCACCUUUCGGUCUCUUGGGAACGUGUAACAGGGCAUCCUUGGAGCAGGGAAUCAUUGAGUUCUCCUUAAAGGACUUGCUGGAAUGAUGAAAUUUGGCUGUUCUGGGGAUCCCUGCAAGCUACAGAGGAGCGCCAGGGCGUUUAUAGAGAAAGCAGGCUCUGCAGAGGUGCAGGGCUCUUCACAGAUUUUCAGUACUUGCUGCAGUUUAAGUGUACAGUUUGUAAAUAACAGGUUUCUUUUUUCCUAA